CGGGACGUAAAUCGGGCGGCGUCGGGGGCGGGAGUGGCUCGUCGUCGUCGACCGGUGAGCUCUUUGACGGUUUCUGUGUGCGUGCGUGUGUAACUUGAUCUCGAUGUGCGUUUCCGGACGGCCCAACGACACACGCCCUCGCCCUCGCCCUCGCGCCCUGUCUCUCUUUGUUCGUCCGUCUCCCCCGCCCCGUGGAGAGUAAAGAAAGCAAGCACUUGACAAGGGCGACUUGGACGUGCCGCGCGUCCCCACCGAAAAGGGUUGAGAAGAAUGCCUAUAAGCAAGUUGCGGGCCGACAAUAUCAAGGCUACGGCGGUGAAUCCAUGCCUCUCCGGCACGAGGUCUGGGCGUGCGCUCGCCGUGUCGGGCAGUGAGAACCUUGCAGGCUUGACGGUGGACGGCGAUUUGUUAGGACGGCUUUCGAAAUCGCUGCCCACGUCGUCGCCAGUGUUGGAGCCGGAGUCUUGCGGCGUCGCCAUAUUGCGGCCGGUCGUGUUGGAUCAGUCCCAGGAGAGCAGCAAGACGGCAACGGAGCAAAGCAUCCUGAUUGGCGGUCCUGUUGACGAGGAAGAGGAUGGGGGGGAUGACGGUCGCGACGUGAUGGAUUGUCGUGGUCGGCCUACGGAGAGGUCGCCGCUUCUCCCGCCUCGAGACCGUCACUGCCCCUUUUCUCCUAAGCCGACGAUUCGCAGGGCCGGCGAAACCGUCAACACCGACACCGACACCAACGAGAAUAACAACGAGAACGAUGCAGAGCCGCCGCCCUAUCUUAACGGUGUGUCCCCCGGGCGUUUCUGGUUCAUCUUCUCUCAGUUGCUGCUGUCGCAGUUCAUCGGGUGCUUCGACGGCACCAUCAUGGCGUCGUCGCACCCGGUCAUCACGUCCUACUUUGGGGCGGCCAACUCGGCGUCGUGGCUGUCGACGGCCUUUCUGCUUACCUCAACGGCCUUCCAGCCGUUGCUAGGCCGCCUGUCCGACGCUGUGGGCCGCAAGCCGCUCUUUCUCGGCUGCCUCGCCAUUUUCGCGCUGGCGACGGCAUGGUGCGCCGCCGCGUGGUCCAUCGAGAGCUUCAUCGUGGCGAGGGCGCUGUGCGGGCUCGGCGCGGGGGGAUCCAUGACGCUAGGGAGCAUCAUCACGAGCGACCUGGUGCCGAUAGAACGGCGCGGCGCGUACCAGUCCAUGAUCAACGUCACAUUUGGUGUCGGCUCCGCGCUGGGGUCCGCGCUGGGCGGUGCCAUGGCCGAGGCACUGGGCUGGCGGUGGGAGUUUGGCGUCCAGAUCCCGCCACUGGUGCUGUGCCUGGGUAUCUCGGCCGUGGCGAUCCCUGCGGAGCUGGGCAUCGUCGAGGAGGAGCGCAAGGGUGUGUGGCGGGCACUGCGCGAGUUCGACACUCGCGGCUCGCUGCUGCUGUCGGCGUCGAUAUCCUUUCUCAUCCUGGGUCUUAACCUCGGAGGCAACGUUCUUGCGUGGUCGCACCCCUUUAUCGUCGCCUCGCUCGCAGUCUUCGCCGUCUGCUUCCCCGUCUUCUUGCUCGUUGAGUCGCGUGUCCGCCGGCCCAUCAUGCCGCUUCACUUGAUCCGCUAUACGCCGCGCUCCAACCUCAUAAUUGCCAACUUUUUCGCUGCCAUGAUCUCCAACUCUAUCGUCUUCAACAUACCCCUCUACUUCCAGGCCGUCCUCCUCACCAUUGCCACAUCAUCGGGCCUACGCCUCGUGCUGCCCUCGCUCGUCGCCUCCAUCGCCGGCACCGGCACCGGUUUCGCAAUCACCUGGACUCGCCGCCUCAAGUGGCCGCUCAUCACGGGCGCGGCCAUGUACCUGGCCGGGACGGCACGCCUGUGCCUCCUCCGCCGCGACCUCAAGCGCGCCGCGUAUUUGCUCGUCCUCGUCCCCUCGUCCCUCGGCCAAGGCUUCCAGUUCCCGGGAACCUUCUUGGCUGUCCUCGCGUGCUCGGCACAGGCUGAUCAGGCCGUCGUCACGAGCACCCUCCUCCUGUGGCGCAGCCUCGGCAUGGUCCUCAGCGUCUCUGCCAGCAGCCUCGUUGUUCAGAACGCCCUCGUGCACCACCUCGGCUUGAACGUCUACGGGCCGGAGAGGGAGUCCGUCAUUGCCCGCGUCAGGGCCUCCGUUGAGGCCAUUGCUACCCUGGAGGAGCCAUACCGGGAGCAGGUCAUUCGCAGCUACGACAAUGCCUUAAGGCUCACGUUCUUCUGUUGUAUCGGGCUGGCUGUUGUUAAUUACUUGCUCCUCGUGCCUGUCAAGCUGCCACGACUUGCAUUUAGAAAGCAUGGGAAAUAGCAGGAUGCAUCGGGUGAUCUCCACGGGGCGCGCACUUGUCGUCAUAGCACAAGUUGGGAUAGCCACGGGCUACGCGUUCAUGACGUUGACAUUUGUGUCUUGCGGAUGCCCAAGUCCCGAGGGGCAUUGUACCCAUUUACCCCCAGAUAUAAAGUACACGCAUGCUUGCAGCCGCCAAGUUUUACGGACGGGCUAGCUCACUGCGAAGAUAGUAAUCCCCAAACCCAUUCAGUG